AAAAAAAAUCUUUUGUAUUUUUUUCUCCCUUUUCUCUUUUGCUCGUCUCUCCUCCAAUUUUCCUAUCAAUUCGAUCUGAUUAUUAAAAUCUCCGUUUCGAAAAAAAAAAUAUAUAUAUAAAAUGUGUGAUUUUGAUUUACCAAUCGAUUUUGAUAUUAAAGGGUUGAGCCUCAUCGACGUUACGUCCGAAGACGAUUGCCUCAUCGAUUCGCCUCUUCGCGAUGAUACAACCCCUCAAUUCUCAGGCUCUUUUGAUGAACAUGGAAAGUUAGAGGGAGACGAGACAAGAGGAAAGGGAAGAUAUAAUUUACGCAAAAGUUUGACUUGGGAUAGUGCUUUCUUUAGUAGUGCAGCUUUUCUUGAGCCAGAGGAGUGCACUAACACGCUGGAAAGCAGUGAAAAUGGUGAAAUACAUACAUUGCCUGGGAUUCAAGAGGAUGUGGACAACUAUUCUGAUUCUUCAACAAUGUUACAUGGUGAAGCUUCAACACUGCGAAAUUCUUUUGUUAAAAAGGAACUGGAAACAAAAGAUCCUAAGAAUGUGUCAUCUUCGAAGAAGUUAGAGUAUACUAAUCAUGACAAGGUGAAGCAGAAGGCUGCUCGUAAGAAGGCAAGCUUAGCUGUAACGGUCCCUGUGAAAACAAUGAAGCAGGCUCCUGCCCGACCACAGACUUCACAGGCUAGUAUAUUCCACCAUACCAUGCAAAUUAGUGUUCUAAGGGCGGAGUCUUCUAGAAGUGAAAUAUCAACAACUUCAUCUCUUCAUAAACCACCAAAGGGACUAAGCAUAGUUGGUCCAAUUUCAGCAACACAUACAAGAAGGGCUUCUUUGGGUGGUCUGAAUUGCAAAAUAGAAAAAGAUACAAAAAGUGUGACUGGUAAAGGAACCACAGUAUUAAAGACUCCACGUAGGCCUGCUUCGUCCACUGGUGCAACCAAAAUUGCAGCCGAAGGUAAAAGUCGAGUAGGGCGGUCACAGGUCUCGACUUUUUUGAAGUCUCCUACCAAUCUCAACCAGAGUAUGUCUGUGGCUAGCUCUUACGGUGAAUGGUCCUCGGACACAUCAUUGUCACAAUCAACUUCGAAUAAGAGGUCUAGUAUCGUACGAGCCGGCCUUGGUUCAGGCUCUCACAAGGUAACUGUUCGGAAUUCUGAUCCUGAACAAGUUUUGGAUGCAAGUACUGGUUCUGAGGUUACCGGCUCACUUGAUGAAAGUACCGGGGUUCAUUCGGCUUCGAUAAAACCAUCCGGCCUUCGACCGCCAUCACCGAAACUUGGCUAUUCUAACGGGGUAAGAUUACCCAGACACACUCGAACUCGGAGUAUGGAUUCUUACCCUAGUAUGUCACUUAUUCUGCCUCAAAUCGGACCGAAAAGCAAUACUCCGAGUGCUUACUCGAACAAGAUGCCUACUAGAACUACUACUACAACAAAGGAAAGAUUACCCGGACACACUCGAACUCAGAGUAUGGAUUCUUACCCUAUUAUGCCUAAAAUCGGACCGAGAAGCAAUAGUCCGAGCGCUUACUCGAACAAGAUACCUGCUAGAACUACUACAACAAAGGAAAGAUUACCCGGACACACUCGAACUCGGAGUAUGGAUUCUUACCCCAUUAUGCCUAAAAUCGGACAGAGAAGCAAUAGUCCGAGCGCUUACUCGAACACGAUACCCGCUAGAACUACUACAACAAAGGUACUAAAUGCUUCGAGAAACCCGAAAAUAAAAACUGGCAUAAUAUAUCCUAAACAUCAAAAUAAAUCCUCCCCGAAACCCAGAAAGGGAAGUUACUCAAAGGCUCAAGGCAUUGGUUCUGCAGAAAAAAUCGCAAGUCCAGAUGUCCCAAAGUUGGUUGUAAAACUAGGAGGCAAAGGAGCUCAAAUUAAAGAUACCAAGAUCGUUCCUCUCGGAGGUACCUGAUAGCUAUUACCGAUUUAGCUUCCGAGAGGUUCGAAACAAUAUCACAUCAAAAGAAACUGUUAACAAUAAAACGAGACAGAACACUCAUCCAUCAUACAACUCCAUAAGACCGUGAAUUCCAAAUCUUGAUUCACAAGUUGAGGGUUUUUUUUUUCCAUAUCAACAAUGGCGGUCCAACAAUGUCCGACAAGACGAAUGUAUUACUACUUCCGAAGAACAUCAUCUAACAUUUGUGCAAAAAAAUUCAAAGGUAUGGUCUCUACAAAACUAAUCCUUGUAAAUUCCCAGGAAUAUGUCACUUAAACUCGAGCGUGAAUAUCAUAUAUAUACUAGUACGUUGAUGGCAUGAGUAUGUUCAAUUU